CGUGAGGUCUGAUCUGCUCUGAUCUGUGAGAACGACCAAGUUCAAAGCGCGUCCAGUGUCUGCCUUCGGUCUUCGUUUCUUCCGGCAAACCGAUUUCGGUCUGAGCAACUUUGGACAAGAGCUUUCCAGUGUCACUGUGCGGCAAGUCGGUUCGCAAAGGGGCGCCUGUAUACGUUAUUCGCACACACCGUAGGCAGCAGAAUGCCUUUCCGUCCACCACCAAGCUGCUUGCGGCCAGCUCAGCGGUCUCCGGUAGGUGGCAAAAGACCCUUCCGAUCACAGUGCAAGCGAACGGCUACGACAGUCUCCUCGGCGUCAAGCCACGCACAGAAAUUUGCGUCGCGGGUCUUGGAGGAGCACAGGGAGAUAGUAAGGAAGGAGAUAGCGACUCUGGAAAAGGCGGAUCCGAAAGACAAGGAGGUUCAGGCACGACUCCUUGCAAAGAAAGUGGAUUUAGGCUACAGUGAUCCCAAGAACCAUGAGGCGUUUGUUGCUGGGAAAGGCGCCCCAACGCAAGACGUCUUCGCGGCCAUGCACCAACAACGGUGGAAAAGCAAACUCGUUCCCCGCCUCCGCAAAUCGGAAGAGAACUGGAAAAUCAUAGGCGACGUGCUUCCCAAGUCCACCACACCAACCGUCAUUGUCCAGAUGAACUUCCAAAACACUGAGUGGCUCGCACCUAUCGGUCAGCCUGUCCCGCCGAUUUGGACGCUGUAUUCUCCCGAAGUCACCAUCACGACCAACGAUGACGCCGUCCGUCAUUUCACUGUUGCGUUGGUAGACGUUGACCGUCCUGACUCGGAUACCAAGUCGUACGAGGAAUGGUGUCACUGGCUCAUCACGGAUGUUCCCGUGCAGAGGAGGCUGGUUAUUCCUGGUGGAUCGUCGCCAUACCUGCAAACGCCGAAAGACGAUGCGGCGAAGGGGGAGUUGGAGAAGAUGUUGACGGGAGCGCACUUUGUGCCAAAAGCGCCGGAAACGGCACCCGUCAUUCCCGGAAACGUUGUCUUUCCCUACGUUCCGGCACACCCGCCGGCAUCCAAUCCUCGUAAGCAGCAUCGAUACAUGCUGGUUGUUCUGGAGCAGGAGAAGGAGGGGUCGGUCAAAAUUGACGUGGAGAGUCUCAAAGCUCAGGCAAGGAAGACCGAAGCGGAGUUGAAGAAGAAAGCUGAAGAAGCGGGUUUGCCGCAGUGGGAGCGAAGUGCGCUAGGCGAGCGUGAAGCGGAGAUUAUGGUCCGCGAAAGAGGUCUGCUGCUCCCAAUCACGAAAUUCAUCAAGGACAACAACCUUACGUUGAAGGGUCGUGGAUUCAUGACAUCGUUUUGGGAUAUCCACACCCCAGCAGUCUUUUCCCAGCUUGGCAUUCACGAACCGGUCUAUGGUAGCUUGCACUUCCAAUCUCCACGCGACACCGUCGCCUCCAUCCAAACCGCCACCGACCUCGCAUCCUCCCUGCCUGGCCCCAUCGCGGCACUUUCCGCCGCCACCUUGAAAGCCCUCAACUAUGGUCGCCCGGAAUCAUUGAGCCCAGCGCGAUUGCUCACCCGCCGCGGAACGACUGUCGACAACAUGCGGAGAGCGGACGCGGAAGCGAUAUUGCAGAAGAGGGAGAGGGAUGCAGCAAACGCAAAAGUGGGUGGGAAAGGUGCGAAGAACGCGAAAGUUGCUGCAGCAGCCGCUGAUGUUGCAUCUCCGAAGGCGGCUGGGAAACGUACGAUUCCUCGUGUCACCGUUUUGGCUGCUGCGGCCAUGGUUAGGAACAGGACGGGGGACAUCGCGAAGGGGAGUGGGGAGAUGGUGCGUAGCGUGAAGGAGAAGCGGUACCGGUACAAGAACGUGUAGAGGCCGGGGCAAAAUAGAGUUCCGGCGGCUUCACGCGCAUACAACCAUGUCUGUAUUUAUGUCAAAUAGUUUACACGCAUAUUUCAUCGGGACAUAGACUG